AUGGACAUUACAGACACACUGAUGCUUGCCAGUAGGGACAGGGAGAAUCAAGGUCCAUGGGAAGCCGAAUACAGUUAUGGGGGAGAGGCUGAACUUCACCAACAUUUCAAUAAAUGUCAUAAGAAUCCUGGUCACAAAAACUUUAUCCCUGUAGACAAGUUCACUAUAAAUGAUCUUCCAGAGGGCAACCGUGACCAGGAUUUAAUGGAUUAUAUUAGAGUUGACUCAGAUCUGACAGUUCGUGUCACAGUCGAGUAUGUCAGUGACAGGAGGCCAGCGACUGUUCCUGGAAGUGACAUGCCAUAUCCAGUUUAUGAUUACAGGGGUCAGAAGAAAAUGACAGUGGGGUCGGGAUGGGUUCACUCAGUGCAAAUAUUCUGUGACAACAAAGGAUUCACUUGUGAGUGUGAGGAUUGUAAGAAGUCUUCAGUUUCAAAGACAAACUUUGCAAUCAUCAACAUAACAACUGCAACCCAUGUUGUCUUUGAUGAUCUUGAAGGAGCUCACACAACAUGCCACCUGUUCUUUGAUAGUGGAAGUACACCGUACAAUUGUAGUGGUGUCGUCACACUAAAGGGUAUGUAUUCAAGAUGUUCUGAAAUUGACAAUGACUGGUGUUACUUGAAGCACUUCACCCAUGACCUGGAUCUGGCACGUAGACUUGAGCAGAGAGUGAAACUUAGAGAUAAGCUAAGAGAUGCAUUCUUUACCGACCUCCCCCUGGUCGAUGUCUACAAGCGUAGACUGACCUCUGUUGAAAAGAAGCCAUUGUUAUUUUUAGUAUCACACCCCCAUGGAUGUAGGAAACACAUCAGCAUAGGUCACUGCACUGGUGUAGUCAACAGUAACCCAAAAGUUGUUUCCUUUCUCUACACAACAGCUUCUUGUCCUGGGUCUAGUGGGGCUCACAUCUGCAUACCAUACGAGCCUCCCAACAAGACAGUGGAUGGAAUAUGCUACAACUACUCAGGAAGCCAUUGUGGUUCAUAUGAUGAGCAGUCAGUUACAAAUUAUUGCCAAGUUAAAAGAGAAUAUAAAAAGAAGAAAAGUAAUCUAACUGUCAAAACAUUGGCACAGGAGACAGGAUCAUGGGAAAAUAACUUCCAUUGUACAGAUAAGGAAGAUCUGCGCAAACGUCACGAUAACUGCCAGAAGAAUCCAGGUCACCAGAAUUUCUUUCCUGCCGACCAGUUCAGCCAAGAUAAUCUCCCGCCUUGUUACCGCGCAGAUGAGAUGUUUAAUUUAAUCAGAGUAUUAUCAGAUCUAACUGUCCGUUUGUCAGUCAGUUAUGUCAGUGAGGGGAGACCUGAGACUGUCCCGGGGACUGACAUCCCAUAUCCGUGGUACAAUCACAGAGGAAGUAAGCAGUUAAGGAUGGGGAGUGGGGGGAUUCGUCGUGUCACAAUUAUAAGCGAACAUUGUCACUGUAAGGAAUGUCAGAUCUCUCCAACACCAGAAACAGAGUUUGCUUAUAUUUACAUAGAAUCGAGUGCUCACUUUGUGCAUGAUCAGAUGGAGGCAGAACACACUACAUGUCAUCUGUUCUUUGAUUCAGGUGAAACACCUGCUCUUUGUUCCAAUGUUGUAACAUUGACUGACAUGGAGUACUAUUAUCCUAAAGAGGGGUCUGGCUUGUUCAGCUUGAGGUAUAUGACGCACAAUAUGGAUUUAGCCAGGAAGCUAGUGAGAAAGGUAGAUAAAUCCAAUGAGUGUUUCUGUUUAUUAAAAGAGGUGUUCUGGAAUAUGGACUAUGGAGACGAACAGAAACAGGAAAUCCCUCUGUUCGUUGUAGUAUCUCACCCACACGGAUGUGCUAAACAAAUCGGCAUAGAUUACUGCAAUAACUACAACACUGAUACCAACAAAAACAACUGUCCAUUUGCUCACAUAUCCUGUGAAGGGUCUGGAGGGGCAUCGGUCAUUGUGCUGGGGAAAACACUUUACUGUCCUUGUUGUCAGGUACAUUAG